CUUUUCGUUAGCUCUGUCUCGUUCUCUCUCUCUCUCACACACACACUCUCUCUCUUCUCUGUUGUUUCCUUUUCCGGCAGAUUUAUCGGCUGAGAUUGUUAAGUUUUGUCUGAGUGAUGCAGAUUAUGCUGAGAUCAGCUCUAAAAGAGAAUCAAUGUCUUCUGACAUAAGCUAAACUCUCUUUCUUACAAUCCCUCUCUUUCUCUCUCUCUCUCUGCUUCCUUUUCUACUGACUUCUUCUUCUUUUGCUUCGAAUUUCAAUUCGUAAUUUCUCCGGUGAAAAGUCUAUGGCGGCUCAAGGCAGCAGAUCUAGCUCGCUGGUCCAGUUUCCAACUGUCUGAAAUUCCUAAUUCUCCGGUGUUUUGUCUGAGCUAGGGUUAAAAAGUAGUUUCCUUUUUGGGAUUUUCUUAAUUCGGAUUAUUGGGAAAGGGAUGGGUAGGAGGCAAAUUUCACAGGAUGAAGUAGGUCCGCCGAUAAAACCAAGAGCUGGAUUGCGAAGGGAACAAGCUGGAAGAGGUUCAUACAGAGGUAGCUAGUAACUUUGCCGCUCAUAGAAAGGAAAACCAAAAGAAAGUUUUUGUUUUUGUUUUUUUUUUUCGUUUUGUGCUUGGUGGGGAGAAGAAAGUGUACACAAGACUGAUUUUUUUGCUCUUCAAACUUAUAAAAAGAAUCAAGAAAAGAGGUCCCUUUGUCUCUCUUGAUUCUUGAUUCGGACAUUAGAAAGGGGGGCUAUUUGAUUCUUGCCGUUUAGAAUGGGUUCUACUUACCAAGAGAUACUGAGGAGCCUUUGCUCUAACACGGACUGGAAGUAUGCUGUGUUCUGGAAACUUAAUCAUCGAUCUCGAAUGGUACUUACCUUGGAGGAUGCUUACUAUGACAACCAUGUGGUAAAUAACUCACCGGAUGCUAAGGAUUGCGGCGUUAUACCAAAUAACAUGCAUGGAGGACAUCAAGCACAUGACCCCCUGGGUUUAGCUGUGGCAAAGAUGGCUUAUCACGUCUAUUCUCUAGGGGAAGGGACUGUAGGACAAGUUGCAGUUUCUGGAGAACAUCAAUGGGUAUUCCCCGAAUAUUAUGAAAACUGCCACUCACCAUUUGAGUUUCAAAAUGUCUGGAAGGGUCAAAUAUCUGCUGGAAUAAAGACCAUUCUUGUAGUAGCUGUUGGCCCCUCUGGAGUUGUGCAGCUAGGCUCUUUGCGUAAAGUUGAUGAAGAUGUGACUUUGGUGAAUCAUAUCCGACAUAUGUUUUUGGCACUAAAGGAUCCACUAGCAGAUCAUGCAGCAAAUUUAAUGCAAUGUUAUAUGAACAAUUCGUUGCGUCUGCCAAAUAUACGUUCUGAAUGUUCACAUGUCAAGGCUUUCCCUGAUUGCUUUGGAGAAGUUGACAAAGCUAUGGAUGUGGAAGAGUCAAAUAUUCUAACUCAAUACAAACUUAGAAGAAGUGAUAGCAUGUCUUAUAAUACCCCUUCCUCAUAUCUUCUCACGGAGAAGGCAGCUCAAAUAAUUGGAGAUCGUGAAACUGUGAAAGGAUCUACUUGUGGGAGCUAUAGCGGUGUUACGUUUGGCUUUCCAGUGGACCUGGUUGAUGCCAGGCAUGAGAAUCAAGUAGGUACAAAUAUAAUCAGUGAUGCACCUCACGUGGGGAUGACUAGUGGCUGCAAAGAUCCAAGAGGAUUAGAUCCUAAUAUACAUCAUCAUGUGCUCAACAACACAAGUUCAUCUGCUUUAGCAAUGGAGGCUGAAAGAUUGAUUACAAGCCAAUCAUUUCCAAGCCUGGACUCAACUUUUCAUACUUCAUCAACAGAUAAAGAAAGUCGAUUUGAUGCGUUGGUCUCAUCAAGGUAUGCUUUUGCUGGCAGCGAGCUGCUAGAGGCAUUAGGCUCCGGUUUCAAGCAAACGAGCAGGGGUCAUGAGGAGCUAGCGACGUCUGAACAUGGUUCAACAAUAAGACCAACAGAUGAUAUGAGUCAUAGCCAGCUUACGUUUGACUCUGGCCCUGAGAAUCUUCUAGAUGCCGUGGUUGCCAAUGUGUGUCAUAGCGAUGGCAAUGCCAGGGAUGAUAUCAUGUCGAGCAGAUCGGUACAGUCAAUGCUUACCAGCAUGGAAAUUGCAGAACCUUCAGGUCAAAAGAAGCAUAUUAUUGUUAAUCCAAUUGAUAGUGCUAUGAAUCAGCUGCCACCGGCAGAGGUGGAUAGGCAACAGAAUCCAUCAGAUAUCUGUGGGGCAUUUUCUUCCAUUGGGUUCUCAUCCACGUGUCCCAGCUCCUCUAGUGAUCAGUUUCAGGCAUCCCUGGAGAUGCCCAAGAAGAACAAAAAGAGGGCUAAACCUGGCGAAAGUUCUCGGCCUCGCCCAAGAGACAGGCAACUCAUUCAGGAUCGAAUCAAGGAACUUAGAGAACUUGUGCCUAAUGGAUCUAAGUGCAGUAUUGAUUCUUUGCUAGAACGCACGAUCAAGCACAUGCUGUUUUUGCAGAAUGUUACUAAGCAUGCUGACAAGCUCAGUAAAAGUACUAAUACAAAGAUGCAACAAAAGGAAACUGGCACGCAAGGUUCAAGCUGUGCAGUGGAGGUUGGUGGCCAUCUUCAAGUGUGCUCGAUUAUCGUGGAGAAUCUGAACAAGCAGGGGAUGGUGCUUAUCGAAAUGUUAUGUGAAGAAUGUAGCCAUUUUCUUGAGAUAGCAAAUGUGAUCAGGAGCUUGGAUCUCAUCAUCCUAAGAGGCAUCACCGAGGCUCAGGGCGAGAAAACAUGGAUAUGCUUUGUAGUUGAGAGUCAAAACAACAAAGUAAUGCAGAGGAUGGACAUUUUGUGGUCUCUGGUGCAAAUAUUUCAGCCAAAGGCUAAUGGCAAGCGGUAGCAGCAGCAGCCUUGGUUGCAGGACUUUGCGUUUAGAUGAGAUAAACAGAGAAACUGAUGUGUGCUUUGUACAGUGUUGUUGUGAGUUUUGCGUUUUGUUUGUUUGGGUUUUUUUUUAAGGUAUAAAAAUAGUUCUUAAAAGUGUGCCUUGUUGAAUUCUUGGUGUGUUUGUUUAUGAUUUGCAUUUUGUUUUGCUUUGGAGUUUGGACUCUUUGAAAGUAUAGCAACUAUCAGUGUGCCAGAUCUUAUAGAAUGUUUUUUCGAGAGCAA